GAAAUGACGAGGCACAAGCUAUUUCUCGUUGACUAGAAUUUAAAUUGUCAUAAUUGUUAAUGAGUGAAUUGUUUUAAUAAAAAGUUCCAAAGAAAGUGCUAGCAGCAGAAUAACGAGUAAUAUCAGACCCCACCCUCGGUGGGACUCAAUUGUUGGCAAUCGAGAGGGCUGCCUCUUGGGUUUUAGGGUCCAGAUCCACAUAUAGUUCAGGCACGUUACCAUGGCUCUAUAGGCAACCUCCCCAACGCGCCCCUGCUUUCUACACUCAUUGUUGCUGCUGGAUGGUAUGGUAUAUGGUAUAUGGUAUGUUGGUGGUGUCGCUGGUGUUUUGAUCUAUGGAUGCAUGAAUGAUUCGCUGCGCACCGCAGCAACAAAAGCAACAACGACCGUAAUGACACCAGAAAACAAUUGAAAUAAUUCUAGCAGAAAUUUUUGUUAGCUCACCGACCCAGGGCAGCCAACUUUAUUCGUGGUGUGUGCGUUUUUAUAUUUUUUUUGUGGCUCAGUUUCCAUUUCAACGUCGAACGAACGAAAAGUUGCAGCGUAAAAAAAUACAAUUUCGGUGAAAUAUUCACACAUAUUUCGAUUUCGGGAAAACUGUACAAAAAAGGCGUACGAUAAUUAAUAAAUGCGCUUAAAUGCGCCAUGAACUAUGCAAAAGUUAUGUGCUAGAAGUGAGAGCUAAAAAGUGUGUGUUGCAAGUGGCAGUCAUGUGGAAUGCAUUAAGGAUUCAACAGUUUUUCUGGCUACUACCGAUUCUCCUCCACCUGUCGCAAUUUUGUUCUGGCCAACAGACCCACAUAAAAUUGGAGCAGGGGGAUCUUAUUGGGCUCAAGGUCUUUCCGGAUGGGACACGUGGCGCUGUAUACGCUUUUCUGGGCAUUCCCUAUGCCCAAGCUCCCCUCAACGAACUCAGAUUUUCUCCCGCCAAACCGAGUUCCAGUUUCAAUCGCACCCUGCAGGCUACCGCCAUGCAGCCCAUCUGCCCGCAGCUAUCGAACACCAUCUACGACGAGAGUUCGGAUGGAGGUAUUCCCAGAUCGGUGGGCACAGACGAGGAUUGCCUGUACCUGAACAUUUGGACCCCGGAGUCGGGGCUGCGAUAUGGCAAGCUGCCCAUCGUUGUUAUUGUCACGGGUGAGGAGUUCGCCUACGACUGGCCCAGAAACCGCAUCAAUGGCCUGGAUCUGGCCGGAGAGGGAAUUGUGGUGGUCAGUGUCCAGUACCGGAAUAACAUCUACGGAUGGCUGAGUCUGGGGGAGCAGCACCGCCACAUCCCUGGCAACUACGGGCUAAGUGAUGUCCGGAUGGCAUUGCGCUGGAUUCAAAGGAAUGCAGAUGCCUUUGGCGGCAAUCCAGAUCUCAUAACCCUUUUAGGUCACGGCAGUGGAGGAGCUCCUCUUGCCCUGGCUGCCACUUUGGAAGAUUCCAACCUUGUUAAGAAACUGGUACUCAUGUCCCCGGGUCCCGUGAUGCGAACUUUGGGUCAGAACCACCAACAGCGGAUAGUAGAAACCGGUCAGGUGCUGGUCCAGAAAUUGGGCUGCCAGUUCGAGGAGGCCCAACGUCGCCAGCUGAUGGGUUGCCUAAGGCGAAAGAGCCGAGAGGAUCUGCUCCGCGCCUACGAAAGUGUCUACAAUCAUGGCAAUGGGAGCGCCCAGCUGGGAGUGAUGCUACCCGAAGGAUCGACACUCGAACAACGACUUCGAAACGGAACUCUGGCUCCCCUGCUGCUGGGCAUCACCUCCAAUGAAGGAGCCUUCCUGCAGGACUACUGGUUGGAUGUGGCCCGGGAAGGUCAAGUGGCUCUCCAGAAGUACAUCAAUCACACAAUGCUGCCAAGUGUGUUGCGGGCACUGGAAUCAGUGGGCGAGGAGAGCUCCUCCCAAUUGGCGGCCAUAAGAUGGAGGUACUUCAAUGGCAAAGGCGAGGGAGUCACCCACCUGCUGGCUGGAAUGCAACGCCUGCUCUCCGAGUCCCUCUACGAACUUCCCUUCUUCCGUCUCUUGGAUCUGCUAAAUGGAACCACCAGUUAUGCCUACGUGUUCGAUCAAUCCCACUCGAUGGACAUGAGAGGCAGGAGGAAUCUUUUUGGCGGAGCUUCUCACAGCUCGGAUCUUCCAUUGCUCUUAGGUCCCAGUCUGUUUCAGCAGAUAGCUCGUCGAAGAUUCAGUGGCGAGGAGGAGCAACUGUGCCGAAAAAUAAGAAGUGCCUUUGCCAACUUCAUUAAAAAUGGCAAUCCCACGCCGGGAAGGAUCUACGAUGGAUGGUUGCCCUAUAACAAAGAAAACCCAUUUGUCUAUAGCCUGGGAGAGCAGAUGAAGACCCCUCAGACGGGAUCAGUGGAUGAGGCGGAGGUGGAUAAGCUGCUCAGAGGGGAGGCUGGGGUUCCAGGCCAGGAUAGGAGCUUAUCGCGUAGCAACCGCCACGAUACCUACAGGGCAACUCCCUCCAAUUCCUACACCGCCAGCAACCAACAGGAUUCGGGUUACUCCAAUCAUUUGCAGCGGGUCCACGGAUUCUGGCAGGUGCUACUCCCACUGGAAAGAGAGGAAGACCUAAGAGGAGGAGGUGCCCUCGGUCAGCGAGUGCGACUCCUGGAGGCGAGUGCCGAUGCAGCCAGAUACCGUCAGGGAUUCUAUGCCAUGUUGGGUCUGGUGUGCCUACUCCUCGCCUGCCUCUGCCUGUGCGUUUACCUACUCAAACGAGACCCAAAUGCCAUGAGAAGACGCAGUGCAUCCUCGGGUUCGGACUGCUACAGCUUAUGACAUAAGUGGUUUCGUUGGACGACCAUCUUUGGGGACCGGAAGGACGAGAUGCCCUCGACCUCGGGCAUUGCCAAUGUCGAGUCCUGGCGCAAAGGUGGUCGUGCAACGAAACGGGAACAGAAUGGAGGCGAAGGAGCAGAAUCCGGAGUUGGAGGAGGUCAUCUUGAGAGGGAGCGACGAGAACAGAUUCUCAAUAAUCAACGUACAAGACGUCCCCGCCAAUUACAGCCGUACGAUUUCAAGAUUACCCACUCUAUUGGAGGAGCAGGAACUGGAUCAGGAGCAGUAUUCGGAGCAGGAUCUGCGGGGGCAUCCAGAAAUGGAGGAGGAGUCGGAGGAGCAAGAGCAGGAGCGGGAUCGGGAACUGGAGGUACACUUGGAACUGUUGAGGAACUCCUGGACCCUGUCGCCGGCCAAUUCGAGCCGAGUGUGGCUGUUAGGAACUGGCAAUACCAGUUGACUUGUGAUAAGUUCUGAAAGCAACCAAAAAUGUUAAUUGUAGUUUCGAAUACUUAUUUUUACUUUAAAUGUUUACACAUGUUCGUAAUUAAAUAAACGAAUCUUUUACACAAAAAAUAUUAAUAAA